CCGGCGAGCCAAGGGAUUUUCUCCUGCGGCUCGGGUCGGAGAGGUCACGGGGGAGGUGCCCGUUACGUCACAGGGCUGCGACGGAGCGCGACUGCGCGGCAGGAAAAGCGGGGCGAGGCCUGUGGCGCGCUGCAGGCCCGCCGGGCGGGAAGGGGCUGGCUUUCCGCGCUGACUUUCUGGAGCGCCCGUUCCGGGUCCUUGUAUUGCGGCUUAUGGAAGAAGAAUCAGCGUCAGGUUUCGCAGUUCGGGAAUGACCCUAGACAGUAUCAAUCGGGCAGCUGUGGAUCGAAUAAUCCGGGUGGAUCACGCAGGUGAAUACGGAGCGAACCGCAUCUACGCGGGGCAGAUGGCCGUCCUGGGCCGGACGAGCGUCGGGCCGGUCAUUCAGAAAAUGUGGGAUCAAGAGAAGGACCACUUGAAGAAGUUCAAUGAGUUGAUGGUUGCCUUCAGGGUGCGGCCGACCAUUCUGAUGCCUUUUUGGAACGUGGUGGGGUUUGCACUGGGUGUGGGAACCUCGCUGCUUGGGAAGGAGGGCGCGAUGGCCUGCACGGUGGCUGUGGAGGAGUCCAUAGCGCACCACUACAACAACCAGAUCAGGAUGCUGAUGGAGCAGGAGCCCGAAAAGUAUGAGGAGCUUCUUCAGGUGAUAAGGAAAUUUCGGGAUGAAGAGCUUGAGCACCAUGACAUAGGCCUCGAGCACGACGCAGAACUGGCUCCAGCGUAUGCUGUUCUGAAGAGCGUUAUCCAGGCCGGAUGCCGUGUGGCGAUAUAUUUAUCCGAAAGACUUUAAAGUGCGUCCACUUUUCCUUGUGUAUAAAUGCUGAUAGUAUUUUAACAAGUGACGUUGGCAGAAGAGGACAUGUACAGCUAUUGUUCUGUGAAUUUGUUGAUAAACUGCGAGAGAUUUUUUCAUUAAUAAAACUCUCCAGUAUU